CAUGGCUCGGCCGUUACACUGAUUUAAUAGUGCAUUACCGUAAAUUAGUUUGUGGUUUACAAGCGGCUGUGCGAACAGUGGUGGGGAUGGAGUGGUUAAAAUUUGAAAAUCAAAAUUGAACGAUGUGAUUUGUGAUGCAAAAAUGAAACUGUAAUAAACAACAAACCAUAGACGGUCAUGUAAAGAAAAAAACUUUUAUGGAAUUAUUAUAAUUGGCUUUAGGAACGAAGGACUCAUAUCAAACUUUGCAAUUAUUCUUAUUAUAACCUAAGUGAAAACUAUCCUUACGCUAUAUUAAAUAUGUGAUUGGUAUCUUAGUUUUAUAAACUAAAGGCUAAUGUCGAGCAACUUUUAUUAAUUCCAUAAAAAGUAUAUCGAAUUGAAGAUCUUUAUCAUCGUAUAUUAAUUAUGACGUGAUGAAUCCAUAAUCCUGAGCAUUGAUUUGGAAAAUUGCUGACGAGAAAAUGAUAAGUUAUAACUCAGAAUGUGUGAGCAAUCAGUCAGUUGGAUAACUGUUCGAAAUGAGAUAUAAGUUAGCACAUAAUAUCCAUUCCCUGCUACACGUGUAUCACGUUAAUUCUGACGCUUAUGUAAAUCAUUCGACGUCGAAACAGUUUUUUCGAGCUAUUCGAAAUAUUUUAUUCGUUGGAUCUGAAGCUGACAUAAAUACAUUUAUUGCUGAAUCAUGGUAAUAAUUGUGUUGAUGUUAUGUCUCGUCGCAACUCCUGUUUACUUAGAAACGUUUCCGAUUAAAAAUGAAGAGGAAUUCCGAACGAAACGACAACUAAACUCUUUACCCUUAAUUUAUCCUUAUGGAGCUACAUACAAGUUCAUCAUCGGCAUCAGCUGUCCCAUAGCGAACCGGGACAACAUCCAAGUGGCCUUCGCUGCCAACUUCCAGUACCAGUACACACAUUUCACGAACAUCUCGCAGCUGUCCCAGUAUUACCCCAUCAAGACGGUGUCCCGGGAACAGAGGGACGCAGAUAUGCUCCAUAGGAGGGACGAGCGGAUCGUCUUCUAUAGGUCAUUGACUGAGAUGCUGAAUUCCAAAGGCAUGAAUGGAUACGAUUGCGUGCUGCGCGCGAUAUGCGAGGCGGCGCAAUAUCCGGUCGAAGAGGAGGGGCUGGUGGGGGAGAUAUUGCACAUCAUUUUAACUCCAGAUUACGGUCGUACGCCCUUCGAUGACGUGGACCCGCACUGGGAGGAGGCCAUAUCUGAGUACAAGGACGCCGCCAUUGCUGGGAGGCAGAUGUUCGACUGUGCCUCCAUCUACGAGGGAUGUCCAGAGGGCCAGGGAGUGAUGGAACUCAUAUCGGUUCUUAGAGAUGCGUGAAUAAAUUGUCAUGAUGUCAAUUCACGGGUUGAAGUUACAGAAGGAUUUUUUAAGCCAUUAUUUAAGCUGAAA